CCGGUUCCGCUCGCCUGCUACGCCACGGCCCAUUUUAGCUCCAUUCAUUCAGUCCCAGACGGAACUUCCUUCCCCUGUUUGUGGCACGCUCUCUCUCUCUCUCUAUCUCUCUCUCUCUCUCUGCGCUCCAGAGCAGGGCCCCUUGUCGGCCGUGACCCCCACAGAGCUUUCAUGUUUGUUGGCCGGCUUGUUCUACGCAGUCCUUUUCCGCACAUUGCCUUCAUGACAGACAACGGGGUUUGAUCAUGGGUUUGCAGCAUUAUGAAGAGAAGUCACUUUUUAAAUAUUUUUUUAAUCGGCGUGAGUUUCAGUGCUGUUUUUGUGGACGAUGCAUUUGUUUGGACUUUCUGUCAUGCCUUCUGAAGUUCACUGGAUUAAAUUUUAUUUUCCCUUCAUCUGGGUUUAAAUGCCACCACGUCGGCACUGGAAAUUGGGGUAAGAGGUGUCCGUGUCCUAACAAUCCUAACAGACCCCCUCCUCCACUCCAAUUCCACUCCAGGCUGCUUCUCAGCAUAACUCAGCCAUGUGGACCACUGAGGGUGUUCCCAACAUCGAUCGCGUCAGCACGGCGGCGGACGUCCAGGAUGCGGAUAUGACAACGUGGACCGAGGCAGAGUUUGAGGAAAAAUGCACCUACAUUGUGUACGACAGCCCCAUGGAGGGGAGUCCGGACAGGACCGCUCUGACUCGGGCCGAGGCCUCGCUGCCACGCAACCUGCUCUUCAGACAUCCUGCAAGCUCCGCAGAGGUGAUGGGAGUUGAAAGCAAAGAGUACAUCCCCAAGGGAACUCGCUUUGGCCCCCUAGUGGGUCAGUGCUACACUGCAGAGACGGUGCCCAAGGAUGCGAACAGGAAGUACUUCUGGAGGGUGAGUAUUGAGGUCCUGCUCCCCAGUGAUCUGACUCAGCCCCUCACUGCUGGAUUUUGUCCGCUGCGCAGACAGAUUAAACCUUUUGGGAAGUGAGAUCUUGAGAUGUUGACAGACGUCUGCGACUUGACGCUCCUUAGCGAAAAACACUCGAUGGCGGUUUUGCGGCCAUAAGUUUCCAGUGGGCACCGUGCAGUUGGCAGGGGCAUUCUCGAUGUCACUGAGGUGAAGUGGGAUACGGAAACGGCUUUCACAACGAAAAACAGCGGUGUGGGAGUUUUCUUAAAAAACAUGUAGAACCGCACACAUGAGCACGGCUGUCGGAGCGCAGAGUGCGGACACAGAUAUCCGCCUGCCUUUCCUCUGCUCUGCACCCCUGGGUGACGUGGUCGGCAGGGCCUGCUCCAGGCUGCCGGUAAAGAGACGCGCUCGGCCGCCUCGAGCUGACUCAGCGAGGAAGUGGCUUGGGGCCGCGAGCGUCUGCAGACGCCGCUGGAGAGGCUGCAUCGCAGCUGCGUGCUGGAGGCCCCGGUGUGACAGUUCGAGCCCAGCAGGAGGGGCAUGGGCAGAUCUGAGUGUGUGUGUGUGUGUGUGUGUGUGUGUGUGUGUG